UAAACGCUGAUUGAAAUGGCGUCAGUCACGGUACGUGGCUGGGCUCUCGGCACCGUUUCUCUGAUUAACUUUGCGUUUGUUUUCAUAUCCGGUGCAGACUUUAUUCGGUUUAUAUCGUUUCGAGCCAUUUACCACAACAUCACGGGGGAGACGACACUGUGUCAAGACUCCAUACCGUGGUCGGUGGCCCUGCAGGACAGCUCUGUCCUCGGGUCUCUUGUUGUGGAUCUGGGGCUGCUGGCUCUCUUCAUCACACAACACAGUCUGCUCGCCUGGUCUCCUGUCAAACAGGCCCUCAAGUCAGUGCUGGGGGCCCUGAACAGGACAGCAUACUGCUUCAGCACCGCACUGGCACUCCAGAUCUUGAUGCGUUACUGGCAGCCUGUGACUGGCGCUCCCUGUCUGUGGUCAGUGCGUCAUGCACCCUGGAGUAUCUGGUUCCCUCUGCUCUGCUUCAGUCUGCACUUCCUCUGCUGGGCAAUCAUGUGCAGCAUUCUCAUGAUCUUUGAUUACCCUGAACUGUUGGGCAUCAAGCAGGUGUAUAACGAGUGUCUCGGUUUAGGAGACCCUCUGUCUCACAAGUCACCUGGAGCCCAGCGCCUCUUGUCUCACCUCCGCCACCCGGUGUGCCUGGAGCUGGGUGUCGUGCUGUGGCUGCUGCCGGCCUUGUCCCUGGACAGGCUCCUGCUGGCGGGGACUCUGUCGACCUACCUGGCUCUGGCACACUCUCUGGACAAACAGGAUUUAGCCUACCUCUGCGUCCAUCUUAACAGCAAGCUGCAGCUCUUUGCCGAGCCGCACCAGGGCAGCGCCGACACCAGUGACCACAAGGAGAAGUGAAGGGAAGGUCUUCUCACUGCUGUGAUGUGACUGCUGUUUUCAUAUGAAACAUAAAUAUUGUUCUGGCCAUUUCUACCACACUCAAUUUGACACUAAGUUUUCUUUUCACUGUAUAUGUGGUUUCAGAAAGAGAGAGUUUUAUUACAAAAGGAUUUAUUCCACUAUUUGAAAAUACAAUUGCUACAAAGAGAUUAGGACCUCCGCCAAGGAUUUGUUGUUGGUUUGUUUGUUUGUUUGUCUGUCUGUCUGUUAGCAGGAUUAUUGAAAAACUACUGGCACGAUUUUCAUUUUGAAGCGGAUCCGAGUCACAGGUUACUCCAAGUGCCCUUUUUUUGAGGAUAUUUCUAUAUUCUGAUUACAUCUAGGAAAGAAAGAUUCCUAAAUUUAAUCAGAAUAUAGAGGGUAUUAUUGCAAUAUUUUUAUUUUGUGUCUAAAAUUGAUAUUAUAUGUAAAAUGUUGCAAUAACACCUUCUAAAUAUUCAUUUUUUGUUUUUACUACACUGACUUUAUUUUGUUUAUCAUAUAGUCUAUUUUUAUAGGUUGUUACAUUCAGUGUGCCAACACUGUAUUUCUCUGCACACUAAUUGCAAGUUUAAUUGUCGUUGAAAAAUAAUGUCACUCUAAGAUGUCACACUGGUAAAAGCACAAAAAUGCAGCUUAUUUUUCACAUUUUGCAGCUAUAAUGAAAACUGGCAUUUCUGAGAUUAUGAAUGUAUUUCUUCAGGUGUCUUUAAAUUGUGUUGGAGACACAUCAACAUUAAUGAACAAAGUGAACACAGUUGGUAUUAAUGCCUAUGUCAUUCAUUCUCCAACUUCAAAUGACUGUAAUCUUUGAUUCAACAGGUAUUGUAUACUAGUAUUAGUUUAACUGCACUGUGGCCUCGCUGUAAUGACAAUAAUAACUUCCAGUAUUUUCAAGAAAAUGUUGAAUAAAUGUAAUAAGCUGUA